GGGGGGCGGGUUGUCGGGGGGAGAAGAAGCGGCUGCUGGCGCGGCGGGAGCCCACGCCCCGCGCUGCUGCCGCCGCCGCCGGCCGCGGCUCGUCGCCGGCUCUGGGCAUGGGGCUGCAGCCCCGGCGUGCAGCGGGGCCCUGCCCGCCGGCGGGGCGGGGCGCCGCCCUGCCCGGGCCGCGCACGGCGGCGGCCUGGGCCCGCGGCGAGGAGCCGGAGGGGGCUCCCGGCCGCACCGCCGCCCUGCCGCCCAUCCUGCCGGCCGCCGCCGCCGCCCGGGCGCAGCCCAAGAAGCCGGCGGCGGCCCCCAGGAAGGCGGCGCCCCGGCCCGCGGAGGAGAAGGCGGCGAGGAAGGCGCGGGGGGCGCCCCCGGAGCGGGCCGGCCCCCUCUCCAGCUCCUGGCCCUGCUCCUCCCUGCAGCGGCGGCCGCCGGCCGAGCGUGGGGCGCGGCCCCAGCCCGCCCCGCCGCCGCCGCCGCCGCCGCCGCCGCGGGGCCGCCCGGGGGCGCCGGGGGCGGGCAGCCGCUCCUGCGAGAGCCUCGGCGGGGCGGCGGGGGAGGCGGCGCUGCGCCUCUCGCUGCGGCUGCCCCCGGAGGCCGUGCGGCUGCUGCAGCGCCGCAGCCUGGAGCGGCAGCGGGGGCAGCCCGCCCCCUCCCCCGGCGGCGCGGCGGCCGCGGCGCGGCGCGGAGCCCGGGCGGGCGGCGGCGACUUGCGCGCCCUGCUGAAGAUUUCGCUGCUCAACGACAGGCACCGCUACGACGACGAGGAGUACGAGGAGGAGGAGGAGGCAGGGGCGGCGGUGGACGAGGGGCUGGUGCGGAAAUGCACCGAGUGGCUGCGCGGCGUGGAGAGCGCGGCCGGCCGCGACCGCCCCGACAGGCUGGAGACGCUGCCGCACCUGGGCACCCUCUGAGCCCCGCCGCCGGCUCCGGGGAGCGGGGCUGGGGGAGCGGCUCGGCGGGGGCACCCGCUGCCCUGUCCGUCGCUCUUGUCUCCUUUGUGGUGCCGCCCGCGGCCCGACGCCGGUCCCGGGGGCGAGGGACGAAGGAGCGGCGCCGGCCCCCGCCCGGCAGUGCCCCGGUAGGGGGGAGCAGCCCUGGGCCUCCUACUCUCACCUCCCCCCCCCCCCCCCCCAAUUUUUUUUUAAGACUUCUGACUAUAAGAUACGCGAAAUGAUUUUGUAUAUUUGUACAUAAAAGUGCAUUUUUAUUUAUUUGAAUAAACGACUCGACCUCCGUGUGGCGGUAGCCUCAGCA